AUGAGGCUGCUCGAUUCACUGUUGUGUGUCGUGCUUGUCUUCACUGUGAUUCCAUCUGAUCAAGCUUCUGGUGUCGUCGUAACAAGCCAAGGCCAAGGUAGCAGCAACACUCCUCCCGCCGGUUGCCUCAGAAGGUGUGGCAACCUCACCUUCGACUACCCAUUCGGCAUCGGCUCCAACUGUUUCAGGUCUCCCGACUUCAGUCUCACCUGCGACAACACCACGCAACCCCACAGGCUCUACCUUCGUGACGGUAUCACGGAGAUCGUUGAUGAUAUUGAUGUUAGUUCUAGAAACAACUGGUUACAGAUCAGCCUUUCCCAUGCCAUACCCAUGAAACAUGGCGUCAGCACGUACAACAUGCCAUGGAAAGCUGCUGGAAGAGCCUUCACCCUAUCCUAUGCUAUCCUAAACAUCACAGGCUGUGACUUCGAUAUAUACAGACUUCACCAAGAUACAAAUGCGCCCGUGAGGCUCUCAACAGUUACCUGUCCUGAUGCAGAGAUCACGGAAGAGGUGGCCAGGCAGAGCUGCAAUGGAACCGGAUGUUACUCCAUCAGGUUGAGUAGUGUUGAAGCCUUCCAGCUAGAAUUUGUCCUCCACAGCAGAGGUGCACUUGGCACGCACCGAAGCUCGCUAUGGGAGAGCAUCAAGGUAACUUCAGCCUAUGCUGAAAUCCGCUGGAGUAUUGUGGAUCGGCCGACUUGUGCCAGCGCCAAGGAUGACAGGGCAAAAUAUGCCUGUGUAAGUAACAAUAGCACGUGCUAUGAUGGCUAUGGGACACAGGAUAAUUUUGGAUAUAUCUGCAGUUGCGAUGGUGGUUAUGUGGGGAAUCCAUAUGUACCAAAUGGCUGCUCACGUGAUAAAGACUUAGGAUAUAAUCCAAUUCGACAAAAGGAUAACUGCCAGCAAUUAUGCGGUAACAUCAGUGUCCCGUUUCCUUUUGGCUUAGAAGAAGGUUGUUUUGCAAGAAAGCUAUUUCAGCUCAACUGCACAAAUACAACAUCUUCCAGUCUCCAGUUCGAUGAUGAACAUCAGGUGACAUACAUACAUAUCAAUGAGGGGCUUGUGGACAUUAAGUACACACCAUCUUACGAACAGGAGAUGUCAGUGUAUGUAUCUAAGGAACCUGGCCUGUACAUUGUUUCUGGGGUAUCAUCCUCUGCGAACUGGGCUGUUGCCAAUCUGACCUGCCAGGAGGCAAUGCAGAACAAGUCAGGAUAUGCAUGUGUAAGCAGCAGUAGCACAUGUUUGGGUGUCAACUCAAUAGAUGGUUACAUUGGUUAUCGAUGCCAAUGUCUGCAGGGAUUUGAGGGGAAUCCAUACAUACACAGUGGCUGCCAAGCUUUACCAAAUAACGGAGCAAGUAUGAAAAAGCAAAAUCUUCUAUUAGGCAUUGUGAUUGGGCUUAGCGGUGGCUUCGGGAUUUUACUUCUCAGCUUAAGUGCAACAGUGCUUCUUUGCAAAUGGAAAAAGGACAUCCAAAAGCAACAACGAAAAAAAUAUUUUCAGAAAAAUAAAGGCCUUCUCUUGGAACAACUGAUAUCAUCCGAUGAAAAUGCAAGUGAAAAAACAAAGAUUUUCACUUUGGAAGACCUGGAAAAGGCAACAAACAAUUUUGAUCCUACACGAAUCCUUGGCCGUGGAGGGCAUGGCAUGGUGUAUAAGGGUAUCUUAUCUGACCAACGCGUGGUGGCAAUAAAAAGGUCUAAGAACAUUGAGGAAGGUGAGAUCAGUCAAUUCAUUAAUGAGGUAGCAAUUCUCUCUCAAAUAAAUCAUCGAAAUAUAGUGAAGCUUUUUGGGUGUUGUCUUGAAACUGAGGUCCCACUGUUGGUGUAUGACUUCAUUUCAAGUGGUUCGUUAUUCGAAAUUCUACAUUCUAGUUCAAGUAGUGGUUUCUCUUUGUCAUGGGAUGACUGCCUAAGAAUUGCUGCAGAAGCUGCAGGAGCUCUCUAUUAUCUCCACUCAGCAGCUUCAAUAUCAGUCUUCCAUCGAGAUGUGAAGUCCUCUAACAUACUGCUAGAUUCAAACUAUACUGCAAAAGUUUCAGACUUUGGUGCUUCUAGAUUGGUUCCUAUUGAUCAAACUCAUGUUGUUACAAAUGUCCAAGGUACAUUUGGGUACUUAGACCCAGAGUACUACCAUACUGGGCAGCUAAAUGAGAAGAGUGAUGUAUAUAGUUUCGGUGUUGUGCUUGUGGAACUACUUCUAAGAAGGGAACCUAUCUUUACCAGAGAGACAGGGUCAAAGCAGAACUUGUCUAAUUACUUUCUUUGGGAACUAAAGGCAAGGCCGAUAAAAGAGAUAGUGGCUACUCAGGUUUGCGAGGAAGCAACCGAGGAAGAGAUUAACAGUGUUGCCUCUCUUGCGGAGAUGUGUUUGAGACUCAACAGUGCAGAGAGACCUACUAUGAAGCAAGUCGAGAUGAAUUUGCAGCUCUUGAGAACAAAAAGGUCAAACUCAUGCCAUGUCGUCCAAGAUAAUGCUGAAGAGAAACAACCAUUCCUUUGUACAAGAGCUGAGUCUAAAUAUGAGACGUUUUCUAUUAGCUUGGGUGGAAAUUCUAAUUCAGAGUCUCAAUACAGCCAAAGACUAAAUAGCUUGGAGCACGAUUUUUAA